GGGGGCGAAACACGAUGGCGGGCAUGCCGUGGCGCUGCCUUGUCCGCCUCGAUGCUUGUACUGGGCGAGGGAGCGAUCGGGCGAGACAGUGGUGGUCGAGCUGCUGGGACUAGCUCGGGCAUGUGCUUGUGAGUGCGCGCGACAUUUGCGACAUGGUGAGCCAACAGCUAAAAACAUGUUCGGGGGACCUUCGUGCAGAGUAUGGAGGGCAGAUGAAGAUUCCGACGUCCAAUGCCAAGCCACUACCACAUCAAUCAACAGCCCGCCAGUGGAUGGACUGUUUUGGGAAGAGCAUUUUCGGGGGAAUUUUCGCACGAUUCUGCCCAAGGAGGGUUGGUGGCCCAAGACCGUGCGAGGCUGACCAACACGGAAUAUGUCACUUAUGCGCCACAUGCCCACAGCUAGAGCCUCAUACUGGAUAACCACGCGCACGCGGAACAGCUUACCACAUCGGGCUGUGUUGCCCGGGGAACACGUCAUUGUUAUAUCUUGGACACCGUCAUGGGCUCCGGCGGCGCAGACAGUGUUGAAUCAGAACUUCCAUUUGAAUCAUUCGUUUGUUCACCUUCCCCAGUAUGAGUGAAGUGUAACAGGCAGGAUGAUGUCAGGAGUCGGAUGGACGCGGGAGGAAUGAACUACGCGUGCGCGAUCUCCGAUAGGUACUUGAACCAUGCCGCAUUGCCUUCCGAAAAACGUUUUCUCAGCCCGGUUGCCCGUGAUCUUUUUCUGCUUUGCGAGGAGAGCUGAUACGACGUGCUGUACACAUCCUAUGUUUCAAGCAACUUGCUGUGUCAGGUGGAUCUAUUGAGUCGUGUUGAGUGCUGCGGUCCGUAACGGUGAGGACUUCGGAAUCCCUUUCCCUCCCUCCCACGUUUGUCUCCCCAGCUGCUGCAGUUGUUGUUCUUCUGCGUCAGCAAUCUGGAUCAGGGCGCCGUUGUUUUUCGAGGUGCGCAGGCUGCAAUGGCCACGGCAAAUGAUGAGACCUCGCCGAAGAAAGCGAGGACAGACUGCACCAAGAAGGCGAGGAUCGUAGUGUGUGGUGCAGGCUGGUGGUCGCAAGGGUGGCACCUCCCACACCUUCAUCGUAACCCAAACUCAGAGAUUGCCGCCAUCGUCGAACCCAAUCCUGCUCCGAAGUGUGUCGAGGGCGACAGCAAAACAACAGAUGAGCUGCGCGAGUUGUACAGCGUUCCUGUCUUUCGCAGCAUGGACGACCUCCUCGCUUCGGAAGUGGCUAGGAUGGUGGACGGAAUCAUUAUUUGCACUUCGCAUGCAAGUCAUCACGAAGUUGGCAUGAAAGCCAUGUCAGCGGGAUGGCACAUCCUGAUAGAAAAACCGAUGACAACGGAUCCAUUCGAAGCGUUCGAGUUGACCAAAGCCGCAUCGUCGUACGGUAAGGCUUUGAUGGUGAACAACUCGGCAAACUUCCGGCAGCAGUCUAAGCGAGCGCAUGACCUUGUACGUGGUGGCAGAAUUGGCGAAGUGAAGCACGUAAGUUGCGCGUUAUUCAGCCCUCUGGCAUGGCUGUUUCACAAUCCAGCGAAUGUAGGUUGGGUCAAACCUACUGGCACAAUGCUUGGGAAUGGCUUUGCGUGGGGUCAACUGUCGCAUACGUUCGCGUGGGUCUACCUGGUCACUGGACUGACGCCGAAGAGCGUAUUUUGUCACAUGAGCUAUUCUGGAACGACUGGAGCCGAUAUAUACGAUUCUGCGACCGUUCGUUGCACGGGAGGUGCCACGAUCUCCGUUCAGGGAAUAGGCGACAUCCCAGGUUCAUGCAAAAAGGUCGACAACAAGAUCAUCGGUACAGAGGGUAUGCUUCUUUUUAGUGGUGACAUUGUCGAAUCUACAGGGUCGGGAGAGAAUUCGUGCGUGUCCGAGGGACUGGUCCUGCAGCGCCACGACGGCAACAACGAGAAGUUCCCAGGCUUCGAGUUCGAGAACUUUGAGAAGGAGGGUAACGGCCCCGAGUCCGUACAGACACUCAUCGCCGCCUGCCUUGGCCAAAACAUUUUCAAUGCAGCCGAUGCUGAUGUCGGUUGCAAGACGGUCGUUUCGAUAGAGGCGAUGUACCGCAGCGCGAAGCUGGGGCAAGAGGUGGAAGUCAGGGCUUCUGAGUCUGCCUAGAGUUGAAGCCUGCGGCGGCUACAUCACGACCUCCACGGCCCUGGUAUCAUCUCUUACAGUCGGGGCCCCGAAGAAGGAACCCUUUUCGUUGGGGAGGGGCUCCGUGUUCCUUAAGUG